AUGACAGGUUCGAACACUCCUUCUGCAGUCCUAAACCACAUCUCCCUCCUCAACAACAAAAUGUCAGUACCUGAGCCGAUAGCAAUCUGCGGGAUAGGCCUGCGGCUACCAGGCGGCAUCGACACACCGACCUCACUGUACAACUUUCUCGUUAACCGUAAAGAUGCACGUUCCAAACCGGACAAGCCCCGGUACAGCUCGCAAACGCACCAUUUCACGGAGAGCGGGACAACGCGGCCCUUGCCAACUGAGGAAGGCUACUGGUUGACGCACGACGAUGUGACAAAGUUCGAUCCGUCAAUGUUUUCCAUGAAUCCGAAGGAGCUGUCAAAACUCGACCCGCAGCAACGGCUUCUUCUGCAGGUUGUCUGGGAGGCUCUGGAGAGCGCCGCGGAGACGGAUUGGCAGGGCCAGAGGAUAGGAUGCUAUGUGGGAAGCUUUGGCGACGACUGGCGGGAGAUGCACGCUGUCGACACGCAAGACGAUGGCAUGUAUCGUCUUACUGGCUACAUGGACUUUGUCCAGGCAAACCGGAUAUCCCAUGCAUUCGAUCUGAGAGGACCAAGCAUGACCGUCCGCACAGCUUGCUCGGCUGCCGGUCUCGCAGUUCAUCUCGCCUGUCAAGCAAUCCGUGCAGGAGAAUGCGACUCGGCCGUGGUCGCGGGCUCAAACCUGAUGCUCUCGCCGGGCUUCACCAAGCUCAUGGCCGAGCAGAGCGUGUUGUCGCCCGACGCGUCGUGCAAGACGUUCGACGCCGGCGCCAACGGGUAUGCGCGCGCAGAGGCCGUCAACUGCCUCUUCGUCAAGAGGCUUCACUGCGCGAUCCGCGACGGCAACCCGAUCCGGGCCGUGAUCCGCGGGUCCGCGACCAACUCGGACGGCAAGACGCUCGGCCUGACGACUCCGAGCGCGCAGGCCCAGCAGCAGCUGAUUCGCGACGCCUAUCGCCAGGCCGGGAUCCCCGAGAGCGACAUGUGGCAGACUGCCAUGGUCGAGUGCCACGGGACGGGAACUGCCGUGGGUGAUACGAUCGAGGCAUGCACUGUCGGGACCGUGUUUGGGGAGAAAGGAAUGCUGAUCGGCUCGGUGAAACCCAAUCUGGGCCAUUCAGAGGCCGCCUCAGCCAUUACGAGCAUAGUAAAGGCGGUCCUGUCUCUCGAGACUCGGACAAUCAUACCCAAUAUCAAGUUUGAGAAUCCCAGUAUUAGCAUCCUGUUUGAUACAUCUGGCUUGAAAGUGCCAACAGAGCCCCUACCUUGGCCCGAAGAUCGGGCAGAACGGAUAGGGGUCAACAGCUUCGGAAUAGGCGGCACAAAUGUCCACAUCAUCAUCGACUCUUCUGCAUCUGUGGCGUAUCCUACGGCAGUCCGAGGGCCUGGAAAUGUCGAUACGCCGCCGCCCUCGCCUCCGCUGCGGAGGGAAUCGGCAACCCUGUUGCUGUUCUCCGCUUCCAACGAGGAAUCCUUGAAGAAGGCGGUUCGCGGCUAUCAAAACAUCAUCCAAGCUAACCCGCUCAAGCUUGAGGCUUUGGCUCACACUCUUACCCAUCGGCGGUCACAUCUCGCCUACCGAACGUUUGCCGUCGUCGCCGGCGAGUCUGGCAACAUGGCUCCGGAAUUCCCUCCAGCGCCCACUUUCCGACCGAAAUCGGAAAGCAAAGAUAUCACAUUCGUCUUCACCGGUCAAGGCGCGCAGUGGGCUCGGAUGGGUUCCCAUCUGAUGAAGGCGAGCAAGGAGUUCCUGCAGGACAUUCGGGAGAUGGAUGCAGCGUUGAAGUGCCUCCCGAGGGAACAUCAACCAGCUUGGGAGAUCAGCCGCGAGCUUAUGAGAGCUGACGCAGGCUCUCGUCUUGGGGAGGCCGAGUUCGCACAGCCAGUGUGUACUGCGCUCCAGGUUGCUCUCGUUCGACAUCUCGCUAGAUAUGGUGUCAGUCCAAAAGCGGUAGUCGGACAUUCCAGUGGCGAGAUCGCGGCAGCAUAUGCCGCUGGGACUCUGACGAUCAAGGAAGCCAUCAUCGUCGCCUACUAUCGUGGCUACAUGGCCAAGAAGCUGGAGAAACGUGGAGCAAUGGCCGCAGUCGGACUCGGCAGAGACCAGGUAACCCGUUUCCUGACGACCGGAGUCGUCAUCGCCUGCGAGAACAGCAACUCCAGCGUGACCCUUUCAGGAGAUUUGGACGUACUCAGGGCGGUUUGCGAGGAUAUCCAUGCUGCCAAGCCAGACGCUUUGGUCCGAAUCCUGAAAGUCGACAAGGCUUAUCAUUCUCGUGAGUACCAAAGUUGUCUUAUGAUGAUCCAACACGUGUUUUCUAACAUUCCCUCUUUGGUAGAUCAUAUGAAAUCCAUCGGUGCAGAGUACCAAGCUCUACUGAAAUCACAUCUGAAUCCCAAGUCACCGAAAAUCUCAUUCUACUCAAGCGUCUCACCCCACACACCUCUGCGCGGUGCAGACUUUGGCCCCGAGUAUUGGCAACGCAACUUGGAGUCCCCAGUAUUGUUUCGCCAGGCCGUGACGAGGCUCCUGCAAACCUCUUCGACGUCUUUGCUUCUGGAAGUCGGUCCGCACUCGGCACUCGCCGGCCCUCUGAAGCAGAUCUGCUCCGAGAACUCAAUCUCCCCACCCUACGUCGCCGCACAGAAACGCGGCUUGAACAGCGCCGCUUCUUUCCUCGCGGCUGUCGGCGAGCUCCAUUGCCGUGGUGCCGCCGUCGACUUUCCCGUCAUGGACGGCGUCCGCCCCUUGACGGACCUGCCGCGGUAUCCAUGGAACCUGAGCAAGACGUAUUGGCCUGAUUCUCGGAUCACAAAUCUCUGGCAGUUCCCCGAGUAUCCACCCCAUGAGCUUCUCGGACACCGUGCAUUGGAAACGGGCAAUGCGGAACCAAGUUGGCGGUGUUGUCUCUCGCUCGACAAAGUCCCCUGGAUCAAAGAUCACCAAGUCGGUUCAGAUAUCGUUUUUCCCGCAGCUGGCUACGUAGCCAUGGCGGGAGAGGCUGUUCGACAACUGACCGAGCACACCGGCUUCACGAUACGCGAGAUGCGUAUCAUGAAUGCGUUGGUAAUCUCACCUGGGAAGGCGGUCGAACUUCUCACGUCGUUUCGACGACAGCGGUUGACGCACAACGAUGUGUCAGAGUGGUGGGAGCUCACAGUCCAGAGCUGUUCCUCCGCGGACACUUGGACGACACACUGCACAUGUCUCAUAAAAGGCGGAAACGACCUGGAGGUCAGAAACCUACCUGGCCUGCACAAGGCCUCGUUUUUGAGAGUCACCGAGCCUUCACGAUGGUACAAGCAAAUGUCCAGAGUGGGAUACAACUACGGCCCUCUGUUCCAGUGUAUGCAGAUGGUUCGUUCAAGUGUUACUUCUCCGGCAGUAGAGGUCGAGAUAUCAGACUGCAGAGUCGGCGGGUCUGCCGCCCAGUCCUACGCAAUACAUCCAACUACCAUCGACCACGUCUUCCAAUCGCUCGUGGUAGCAAAUAGCUCCGGGGAACCUCGCCAGCUCGACAAACUUUAUCUGCCUACCUAUGUCGAAGAAAUCACCAUCAAUGCCAAGACGGAAACUAGGGGCUGUCUAAUUCAGACAUUGAAAACUGGUAGAGAUGGCUAUUGUCAGGGAGAAUCCAUCGGAUUUGUGCCCGGGAAUCCAACCGGCCAGCCGUUGGUUCACAUGAAGGGUCUUCAGUUCUCACCUAUCGACAUCGUCGACUCUACCAAACACAGUCCGGACACUUCCAAGGUGACACACUUGGUCUGGAAGCCCGAUGUUGACUUGGCGGCAUCGACAGACCUGAUACAACCAACCUCCCCCGAUGACUUUUCUAAGUUCCACGGUCUUCUUGAAGAUCUCUUCAUACUCUGCGGUCUAGCUACCCUGCGAGAAGUUGGCGUAGCUGGCGUGUUGUCCGAGCAGACACAACCACACCUCAGGAAGCACUACCAGUGGCUGGAGAGUCACAUCGUCAGGUCAAGCAGAGCUUGGCCCGCUCUGACUACAGUGGAAAUCCAUAACAAGAUCAGAGAUAUUAGUCUGCAGCUUGAAAAAACACCAGCUUCGGCUGUGGCUACUCUCAUCAGCCGCUGCUACACCCACGCGCAGUCCCUCUUCUCCUCGGAUAUUGGACCUCUGGAAUUGUUCCUUCAGGACAACGCCCUCCAUGAGCUAUACGAUUGGAUGAACACCCUCUUCACUUACAAGCCCCUGCUUCAGCUUUUGUCGCACAAGCGAGGCCGACAUCUCAGGAUUCUCGAAAUCGGCGCCGGGACAGGAGGCCUAACUGCACGCAUCCUGAAGUGCCUGACGGAGUGUUUCGACGACGGCAAAGCGCUUGGGAAAUACGUCUUCACCGACGUCUCGUCCGGCUUCUUUCCUGCAGCCAAGGCCAGAUUCGAGACGAUCCCUGAGGGGUUCUUGGAUUAUCGUGUGCUCGACAUCAGCCACGACCCGGCAGAUCAGGGGUUUGGGGGAGAGCAAUACGACCUCAUUGUUGCAAGUAAUGUUCUCCACGCCACGCCAGACUUGACCAAGACAUUACAGCAUGUCAGGACGCUGUUGAAACCAGAGGGAAGACUGCUGAUGCACGAACUUUGCUGCGACACAAAAUGGAUCAACUUCAUAAUGGGGUAUCUGUCCGGCUGGUGGCUCGGAGAGUCUGACAGCCGCAUCGAUGAGCCUUACAUCUCGCCGGACCGAUGGGAAGAGCGACUUGCUCUUGCGGGCUUCGAGAAGCCUGAUGUCUUCUACGAUGCCGAGCAGCAGCACAGACUGAACGCAACUAUCGUCGCUCGCCCUGCGCAUUCCACUUCCAAGAUGCCUUCUCUGUCGGGAGAGAUCACGAUUCUGUGUGAAGAGGAGUCGCAUCCAGUCGUCGUGGACCUGCGCAACCACCUGCAGAAACAAGGGCACUCCGUCACUUGCACCACGCUCUCUGCCGGAAACAUCCAGCCAUGUGCCCCGGUUGUCUCGGCGGUCGACCUCUGCCGUGGAGACGGCUACUUCCACGACAUGACACAGGGCAAGCUGGACGACUUCAAGCGCCUGCUGCAGAAACUUCAGUCGAACAACCUUGGGCUACUCUGGCUCACCCGGCCCUGUCAGGUUGACCCGCAGAAUCCAACUUUUGCACCAGUGCUCGGUGUGGCUAGGACAUGCCGCAUCGAGAUGGGCUUCCCGUUCAGCACGUUGGAGGUGGACGGGGACGGGACAGAUGCUCUAACCGCUGUGUCUCGCGUGUUGCAAAAGACACUUCUCCGGCAUGGUUCGUCGAAAUUAACACACGACGAGGACGCAGAAUUCUCCUACUCCUCAGGACGCAUCUUUGUUCCUCGUUGCAAGUGGUUGCCCAUCUCCCGUGCUCUGCAAGAUACAACUUCACCAUCACCAUCUAAGAUGCUGCACAUCUCUAGGACCGGGGCAUUGCAAAGCCUCUGCUGGAUACCCCGCCGUCUCUCGGACCAGAUCCCCUCGGACCAAGUGCAGAUCAAGGUCCACGCCGCAGGCCUCAACUUCAAGGACGUAGUCACAGCGAUGGGACUCAUCGAUCCUUCAUCCCCCAAAGGUCUCGGCUGCGAAGCCAGCGGUGUUGUGACCGCGACAGGGUCCCUCGUCACCAACCUCCGCAUCGGCGACAGGGUCAUGGUCUUCGCACCCCAGGCCGCGUGCUUCUCUACCGACAUUCAAGCCCCAGCACAGCUGUGCGUCCGCAUCCCCGAUGAACUCGGCUUCGCCGACGCAGCGACCAUGCCGUGUGUUUUCGUCACUGUCUUGCGGGCACUCUUGGACAAGGCUGGUCUCCAGGCCGGCCAGACUCUUCUUGUACAUAGUGCGGCCGGCGGCGUCGGCAUUGCGGCCAUGCAAGUGGCUCGAUGGAUCGGCGCGACCGUCUACGCCACCGUUGGAAGCGAGGAAAAGGUCGACUUCAUUUCGAAGACGUGGAACAUUCCUCGAGAACACAUCUUUUCCUCACGCGACUCUCGCUUUGUUGAGGGUAUCAAAACAGCGACUGGCGGUCGUGGAGUCGACGUCGUCUUGAACUCCUUGGCCGGCGAACUGCUUCACGCAUCGUGGGAAUGUGUUGCCCCGCAUGGCACCUUUAUCGAGCUCGGGAAGAGGGAUACGCUCGCCGGCGGAAGACUCGCAAUGGAAGCUUUUGAUGGAAACCGCUCCUUCAUCGGUGUCGAGAUGGCAAAUUUGGCAGCACAGGACCCCGGCAUCAUUGCCCGCCUGCUUCAGCGGUGCAUCCAACUUUACAAGCAAGGCCAUAUCACACCUGUGCGGCCCUCCAGAAUGUUCUCGUGCCGAGAGGCUGAAGAUGCAUUCAGACACAUCUACAAGGGCACCCAUGUUGGCAAGGUUGUCAUCGACAUGCAAAAAGCGGCAGUAGAAACUCUUGAUGUUGUCCCUCGCCAGCUCCCUGCUCCGGCGUUUUGCAACGAGGCAACGUACCUACUCGUAGGUGGCAUGGGGGGUCUCGGUGCGUCCAUCGCACGAUGGAUGGCUUGCCAUGGUGCCCGAAGCUUCAUCUUUCUCUCAAGAUCAGCGGGAAACAGCGCCGUCGAUCAAGACCUUCUAGCAGAGCUGCGGGGCCGAGGGUGUGAGGUCGAGGCCGUUUCCUGCGACAUCACGAACGAGACAGAGCUUCAUGCCGCUGCUUCCAGACUACCCUUGUGGAAGCGAAUCAGAGGGGUGAUGAACUUGGCAAUGGUUCUCUCAGAUGCAGCACUACCCAACCUCACGCUGUCACAGUGGGAAACGGCAACUUCUCCAAAGAUCCGCGGGACGUGGAACCUCCACCGUGUUCUGCCGUCAGACUUGGACUUCUUCGUUCUCUUCGGCAGCACGUCGGGUAUUCACGGAUAUCCAGGCCAAGCGAACUAUGCUGCAGCCAACACAUUCCUCGAUGCCUUUGUACAGUACCGCCGCAGACACGGUCUCCCGUGCUCGGUUCUGGAUCUCGGCGGUGUUGAGGAUGUGGGCUACGUCAGCCGCACACGUGAGGUCGAAGACGCUAUGAAGAAGGCAGGAUCAAAGCUGCUGUCUGAAAGUAACAUGCUCCGGGGACUUCAGCUUGCGAUGGCUCAAUCUCUGAGUGGUGAUGCGGGCCUAGAGUCUGCCAUUGCGGGGCUGGGGUUCGGUGGCCAAGUGCUGAUCGGCCUUGAGUGUUCUAUUCCCUUGGAUGAUGUCAAUAAUCGAGUUGUGUGGAAGCAAGACCCUCGCAUGGUCCUCUACCCUGAAGAUUCGGACACCCCAACCCGGGACGGAAAGCAGUCUGGAGCGUCCGGGCUGUCGGAGUUCCUCGCCCGGCUACAGAGCAAACCCGAGGAGGUUGACACACCAUCCUCCAUCGCGUACCUUGCGCAGGAGAUUGCGCUUAGGGUUUGCGGCUUCCUCAUGAAGGAAGUCGACGAGACUGGGGUCGAUACGUCUGUGUCUCCGUCUGCCCUCGGGGUUGACUCUUUGAUGACCAUCGAGAUCCGCAACUGGUGGAAACACAGUCUCGGGGGCGAUAUCAGUGUGUUGCAGUUGACGAGCGCACAAAGCUUUGAUCAACUUGGCCAUCUCGCCGCCAAGCAGCUGAAGAAAAAGAUGGAUUUAGCUGCUAACAUAUAA